CCGCACAAUGCUAACUCCCACAGUGCAGCGGGGUGAUGUAUUAACAUGGCGUCAAUGGUUGCUGUUUGGACCAGGGCCGUGGGGCUGGAACACCACCACGUAAAACACAACUAUGGAGCCAACUAGACAAUAAUUUCGGAUCAGCUUUUGGGCUCAAAACUUUCGGUGGCCUGCCUGGUGUUGACAGGUGGAAAGCAGCAGGGCACCGGGGAUGGAGGAGUCCGUAGGUUCAGUAAAAGCACUCAAACAGUCCCAGUCCAGAGGAGCAAAGGCGUCAUCCAGUCAGAGGCCAAACAAAGAGGGUGUCAAGAGUGCGCUGCGCAGCAAAGAAAACCUCACCGCUGCUAAAGAUGAAAGAAACGCAGGCAGCCUAGUGACCCGAGCGCCAGGCGGCCCGUUUUCAGACAGCUCCCUGGAUAAGAAGAGAGGACGGCUGUCCAGGCUGACUGGAAGGACGAGUUCAGGGGAGAGGGCUAAAGGAAAGGUGGGAAACGCCCAACCCGCAGAGUCCAGUCUGCCUCAUCCUGGAGAUGGCAGCAGCAGUUCAUCGGCAAACAGAGAGAAAACCGCUUCUGUUUCACCUGGAACACCUGAAAGGGCGCUCACAGAGCAAGCUAAAAGCUCAACAGGGACCCCAGCUAGAGACAAGGCCCAAGUGGUGAAACCUGCAGCUCUGAUGCAUUCACCUGCUGAAGAGGGGGAGGAGGUAAGGCUCGCUGUGGAGGAAGGGCUCCUAGCAGAGCAGCAGCUGGGCCUCCGACAGGUCGAGGAACGCCUCCACAGAGACCACAUCCACCGCCUGCUCAAACCGUCCCCUGAGUACCCAAACUAUCACUAUUUGUGCAAAGUCUGCUCUGUGCACAUCGAGAACGUCCAUGGAGCUUACAAGCACAUCAAAGAGAAGCGGCACAAGAAGAACAUGAUGGAGAAGCAGGAGGAGGCGGAGCUUCGGGCUCUGCCAGCACCCUCUGCUGCGCAGCUCAGGGCGCUGGAUGCAGUUGUCCUGGAAACCGCUAGCCAGCAGGGGAUCUCGGAGCAGGAUUUUGAAGUUCGUAAGGCCGUUGUGACGAGGAUGGAGGAGGUCAUCAAGAAGCACCUGUCAGCGUGUUCUCUCCGUCUCUACGGCUCGUGUCUCACGCGGUUUGCUUUCAAGACGAGCGAUGUCAACAUUGAUGUCACCUAUCCUUCCACAAUGACCCAACCUGAAGUUCUUAUUCAGGUGCUGGAAAUCCUCAAAAACAGCCCUGAAUUCUCUGAAGUCGAGGCAGAUUUUCAUGCCAAAGUUCCUGCUGUGUUUUGUCGUGAUGGAAGCAGUGGCCUGAUUUGUAAAGUGAGUGCCGGCAAUGAUGUCGCCUGUCUCACCACCAAUCAUUUGGCUGCCCUGGCUAAAUUGGAGCCCAGACUGGUUCCACUGGUCCUGGUGUUCCGCUACUGGGCAAAGCUGUGUCACAUCGACUGCCAGGCAGAAGGCGGCAUCCCUUCAUACUCCUUUGCCCUGAUGGUCAUCUUCUUCCUGCAGCAGAGGAAGGAGCCCAUCCUUCCCGUCUACCUGGGAUCCUGGAUCGAUGGCUUCGAUGUGAAGCGAGCGGAUGAGUAUCACCUCACUGGAAUCUUUCUGGACAUGUUUGUCAAGUGGGAACAGCGACCUCCGAGCUCCUCGGAGGGACGAGGGGAAAACCGGAACGAAGCCAAAGCAGAAGGAGGAUCUAAACCAGAGAAGAAGAAAUCUGAUGAUGCUGAGCGAGCAGAAGGCCUGAGCCGAUUGACUCUGGAUCUUGGAAAGGGAGUAUCACUGGGCCAGCUGUGGUUGGAGCUGCUACGCUUCUACACUCUGGAGUUUGCAUUGGAGGAAUACAUCAUCAGCAUCCGCAUAAAAGAGCUCCUUUGUAGGGACGCAAAGAACUGGCCCCGCCGUAGGCUCGCUAUAGAAGACCCGUUUGCCUUGAAGAGAAAUGUUGCCCGGAGCUUGAACAGCCAGAUGGUAUUCGAGUACAUCCAGGAGCGCUUCCGGACUGCUUAUAAAUACUUUGCUUGUCCUCAGAAGAGAGGCGCAGGAGGGAGACGCCAUAGGAAGAAGGAAUCAGGGGGAGAGGGUGUGAAAGCGGAGCGGACCCAGGACCCGGAUCUUUCUCUGAACAGAGAAAUGGAGAACAAAGCAGGUGGAACGAGUCAGAGAGUGGUGCCGGUUUCAAAGGAGGACGGCGAGUCUGACAGCGAAGAUGAUGAUGAUGAUGGUUCAGAUAUGUCUGGGGAGAAGAGCUUAGACACUGGAAUUAUGGAUAUGGUUCUGCACGAUGGGAACAAAUCUUCCUCAUCCCCCAAUGGGCUGCUGGACAGUGACAAGGAAGGGGAGGAGGAAGAGGAGGAUAAGCCUGUUGCAUCGCAAGAUCUGCACUAUGUGUUCGAUAAGAUGAUUUUCACUGGUGGGAAGCCUCCGACUGUGGUGUGCAGCAUCUGCAAGAGAGACGGGCACCUUAAAGACGACUGUCCUGAAGACUUUAAGAAGAUCGAGCUGAAACCUCUGCCUCCCAUGAACGACCGCUUCAGAAAUAUUCUGGACGGACUCUGCAGAUUCUGCUACUACGAGUUGUCACCGUCACAUAUUGAGCAGCAGAAGAGGGAGCAGAUUCUCGCCGGCCUGGAGAGGUUCAUUAGGAAGGAGUACAAUGAUAAAGCUCAGCUCUGCUUAUUUGGCUCUUCCAAAAAUGGUUUUGGUUUCCGGGACAGUGACCUCGACAUCUGCAUGACUCUGGAGGGUCAUGAUACUGCAGAAAAGCUCAACUGUAAGGAGAUCAUUGAAGGCCUCGCAAAGGUGCUAAAGAAGCAUGUAGGUUUAAGGAACAUCUUGCCUAUCACCACAGCUAAAGUGCCUAUUGUGAAGUUUGAACACAAACAAAGUGGUUUGGAAGGAGAUAUCAGCCUUUAUAACACAUUGGCCCAACACAACACCAGAAUGCUGGCAACGUAUGCAGCUCUAGAUCCUCGGGUGCAGUUCCUGGGAUACACAAUGAAGGUCUUUGCAAAGCGCUGCGACAUUGGAGAUGCCUCCAGAGGAAGCCUGUCAUCUUAUGCCUACAUCCUGAUGGUGCUUUAUUUCCUGCAGCAGAGACAGCCUCCAGUGAUCCCCGUCCUGCAGGAGAUCUUUGAUGGUAAGACUGUUCCUGAGCGGAUGGUAGACGGCUGGAAUGCGUUCUUUUUUGAUGACAUUGACAAGCUGCGUCAGCACCUCUCGGACCGGCAGCCAAACACGGAGUCGGUGGGGGAGUUAUGGCUUGGGCUCCUUCGAUUUUACACUGAAGAGUUCGACUUCAAGGAGCACGUCAUCAGCAUUCGCCAGCAGAAACGCCUCACCACGUUUGAAAAACAGUGGACCAGUAAAUGCAUCGCCAUCGAAGAUCCCUUUGAUUUGAAUCAUAAUCUGGGUGCCGGAGUGUCACGCAAAAUGACAAAUUUCAUCAUGAAGGCCUUCAUAAAUGGGCGGAAGCUGUUUGGAACUCCCUUCUUUCCCAUCCCUGGUACUGAAGUGGAAUACUUCUUUGAUUCAAAGGUGUUGACGGACGGCGAGCUGGCGCCCAAUGACAGGUGCUGCAGGAUCUGUGGGAAGAUCGGGCAUUACAUGAAGGACUGUCCAAAGAGACGCAGGGUAAAGAAGAAGGAAAACGAAAAGGAUGAGGACAGUAAAGAAGAAGAUCGAGAACCGAAGGAUAGGCGUUGCUUCCAGUGUGGAGACAUAGGACAUGUACGGAGAGACUGCCCUGAGAACCGCCACCUCAAACAGAGGAACACGGGGGCCCCAGCUUCUCACAUGGUGCGAGGUGUGGCGAACUCUCAGUCCAUCCCCAUCCCUCAGACAGCUGCAGACUCUCCUGGAAGGACCAGGCAACCUUCUGAAAGUUCGGACAGUCGGCAGACUCCGCCCUACUCCCCACAGCCCACUGCUGGCCCACAGAGCUCCCCCCUCUCCUCCAGCUCCCCUCAGACCUCCCUCAGUAAAGCCACUUCGGUUGGUCCACAGAAGCCGCCUGCACACUCGCAGGUUCCACUGCCUCUCUUCAGCUUUCCCACCACCCAUCCGGGCCAGUUUCAUCCUGCGACUCUCACUGCACUGGGGCUUCUUCCCACCCACCAGUCUCAGGGGCAGCCUCACCACCCUGUCCACAUCCCCUCCACCUCCUGGCCCAUCCACGGGCCAGUCCUCACUUCGUCCUCUGCCACCGUCCCCUCUCCGCCCGGCCUUAAAUUCGCCCUGCGCUCCGUGUCGGGGAACGGGAGCCCCACGGGAACCGCGGGCAGCCCCAGCUCCGUGAGCCUGAAUGACCCGAGCAUCAUCUUCGCCCAGCCAGCGGGAAGACUGGGCAUGGGGGGGCCGGGACGGGAGGGGCACUGGCACAACAGCGUGGGAAAGCCCGGGUCACUGAUGGGCAAUGGCACAGUGGUGAAGUCAGAACCCAACCACCAAGUCCAGUUUGAAGGUGUGAGCCAAGGUUCACGAAUGUGGGAGCACAACAAACCCCCCCACUACACUCUUUCUCCAUCUUGGCCCUACAGGAUGCCCCAGAACUUCAUCCAACAGGGCAGCGUGCAGCCGGGGAAAUCCUUCAUGGGCCCAGCAGGUUCUGUGGUGCAUCACAAUCCGAACUUCCCUCUCGUUCCUCAUGUUCAGCAUCCAGUCAACCGGAAUUUUAUCCAGCAGAAGAAAUAAGUCUUUUUUUUUUUUUUUUUUAUUCGAUUUCUGGUCAGUAAUAGACAAAAUAAUAGUGUACCCUCUGCUUCAAUUGAUCACAACUUUAAAAAGAAGAAAAAAAAUAAUUUUAUCAUUUUUGUACAGUUUUUAAGUUUAAAUUUUUGAGUCUCGUUACAAUGAUUUGUGAUACAAAUGUCAAAUAUUUUAAAUGCCCCCGUUUUUGAGGGGGUCCAAAAAAGUGUUUUUAUGUGUAAAGUAAGGAGGAUGAAUUGUAAACCUUUAUUUUUAUUAGCUGUACUCAUACUUUGCUUGCUGAAAGAUGAAGGCUUCGAUUAGAUGUUUGUUUUGAAAACAGCCUAACGUAUCAGUAUGUAGUACCAAAAGAAAGAAAAAAGGGGGAAAAAAGGAAAAUGUUUAAAAAAAGCUUCAAAAAAAUAAAGAAAAAAGCAAACAUU